ACCGAAUCGGACUUCGACAUUCCGUUCGACGACGAUAACAUUUCGAAAGCUGGAGAAACACAAAAGCAUUUUGCCUUCCUUCCUCGGCCCUUCUUUCUACAACGCUAGCAGCUUAAACUGCUUCGGUCAGGGCGCCCCUGCACCGUCGCUGCUGCUUAUAACACAACGCCAUCAUGUCGGUCUCUGAGGUUGCUGUUACCUAUGCUGCCCUUAUCCUGCACGACGAUGGGAUCCCUAUCACGGCUGACAAGCUGAGCACAAUUGUUAAGGCUGCUGGCAUCACUGUAGAGUCAUACUGGCCUGGCCUCUUCGCAAAGCUCCUGGAGAAGAGGAGCGUUGAGGACCUGAUCACCAACGCUGGCUCUGGUGGCGGUGGUGGUGGCGCAGUUGCCACCGGCGGGGGUGGUGGCGCCGCUGCCGGUGGUGCCGCUGAGGAGAAGAAGGAAGAGAAGAAGGAGGAGAAGGAAGAGGAGGAAGAGGAUGAGGACAUGGGCUUCUCCCUUUUCGACUAGGCCUGUUCGGAAUAGUCAGAAAACUUCUGAUACCUGUACAAGUAUUUCACUAAAAAGUUCUUCCUACCAUCAUAUGUCUGGCGUCCGUCCAGGCUGAUCCACCAUUUCAAGCUGCGCUUGGUUCUAUCUUCGUACUUCACAUGGCGGAAUAGGAUAACAUGUUCAUUGCAAGGCAGCUGUUGUCGACAGCUCCUUGAUAUCCUCAUUGCAGUUACUGUCAGUAGAGCUGCCGCAGGCAUGCUUCAAUGCAGUAGACUUACGUCAUUCAAAGCAGCAAGCUGUUCUGAGGACAUCUAAUGCGCGUCAUUGAAGUAAUCGUCACAUUACUGACAUACGUCGUGCGGGCGCACCCUAUAACAAGUUGUGACGAGUCAGCGACAAUCGUCACUUAUUGCAAAGGUUGCGUUAAUGGUUGAUGCCGCACCUCUGCAAUCAUUUGCCCUUGGUACUGCAUGUCCGAAUGCCUGUUCACGUUCUUAGACAAGCCUUUGAGCUAGGUAAUAGGUCGAUAUUAGAAAAAUAAAGCUGAUUAAGAGAGCACGAGUUCAUCGAAUG